AUGAAGCCACUUAUCCCCCCGUUAAAGGUCUCGAAAUCCAAUUCGAACUUAUCCGAGUCAACCUACGACGCCAAAUCUAUACAGAAUCGAUUCCGCUCCGCCUGGAAUACAUCAGAGAUGACCCCUCCAUUAACACCACACGAUACCCAGAACCCAAACAUGGGUCAAUCGGAAACCCCGAGGCCUGUCUUUCACAACUAUCUGCGUGCUUUUUACCCUUUCCGCCCGGCCGGCAAUGUCUCUCCGUCGACCGUGACACUCCCUCUGGACCAGGGAGACAUCAUCUUGGUACACUCCGUUCACACUAAUGGCUGGGCCGAUGGUACAUUGUUAGAGUCCGGGAAUCGAGGCUGGCUGCCCACGAAUUACUGCGAGGCAUACGACCAACUGCCUAUGCGUCCUCUGUUAAAGGCCUUGACUGAUUUCUGGGAUGUCAUUCGAGGAGGAUGUGGAUCAUCACUGAAAGAUUUUGGAAACCAAGACUUGAUGAGAGGCCCUAUCGCUGGUGUUCGGUUUCUACUGGAAAAAUCAGAAUGUCUUACUCGAGAGUCUUCCCUGAUAAGGAGAUUCGAUGGACUGCGCAGAAUUCGGAAGGCUUUGCUAUCUGAUCUGUCUUCGCUGGUGAAAACUGCGAAGAAGUUCCAAGAAGUUGCCAACGGGGUCCCGUCGGAAGAUGAGGUGGAGGCCAUUUUAGAUGAGAUGCUUCUCAAGGCUUUCAAGAUUGUUACCCGAGGAGUUCGAUUUCUUGACGUGUGGAACGAGGAAGUGGGUCUGAGCAGGACCAUCGCGGAAAUGGAUGGACCCGGCGAGAGCCUAGGCCAAUACAGCCUACCGCUGACUCCAGCAUCCGCGAAUUUCAAUUUGGGCGAGAAUGAUGGGCCUGAUCGAUCUGAGUCAAGAAUGCUGGAAUCGCGAAUGGAAUCGCGAAUGGAAUCGCGAAUGGAAUCACGAAUGGAAUCACGAACGGAAUCAAGAACGGAAUCACGAACGGAAUCACGAACGGAAUCACGAAUGGAGUCGCGGCAGAUGAGGCAUAGCCGUAUGAACAUGAGUCGGUCAUCAAUGCGCACUGAGAUUUUUGAUAAUAGACCGGUCUCCGUGGCUACAAAACGGGUCUCUAUAUCCCACCGCAUGUCAAUCUCUGGUCCUUCAACAGCUAUCAGUGCCCAGAAUCUGGCAUCUGAACGCCUAGGAACGACUUACGAUGCGUUCCUCGGCGUGCUUGGCUCGUUCCUCGGCUUGCACAUGCAAUCCCGCUCCUCGACAGAGCUGGUUGUCACUACCCAGCAAGCUGUCCAGUCGUGCAGGCAGUUACUAAAUGUUGUUGAGGUAGUGUGUGAGCAUGAGACGCAUCGCAGCGUAUUCCUCGAACAGGCACGAGAGUCAAUGUAUGAGAGGCUAUCCGAGCUUGUUCACGCUGCACGCGACGUGUUCCGCCCCGCAGACCUGCCAGACGAUGAUAUUGUGCUUAUGCCAGACCAGGGGAAACGCCUUGUGGAUGCUGCAACUGACUGUGUACGAGCCGCUGGAAACUGUUUGGCGAAGGCUCGCCUAGUGCUUGAGCAAAUAGGUGAUCUCGAGCUUGACCCUGGAGAGUCCGAAGAGAGAAGACAGGAGUUGUCUGGCAUUGUCUCUUCACAAGAUGAGACGGAGACUCCUGUAGAACAGGAGCGAAAGCCGUCACUCCGCCUUCCCCCACCCCCUCUUCGGAUUCCUAGCACCGCAUGCUCUCCCGCAACACCUGCUCUCACUGACGCGACAACACCUUCAUCCUUCCAGUCUCAUCUCACAAACUCUCCCGCCAACACCAACGCUCUUUCCUCUCUACCUAACUCUGCCAUCCUCCCCACCCACCUCGAGAACAUAUCUUCCUUCUCCACCGACAGUAGCUAUUGUGAAAGCCAUCCCAAGUCUGAUGUAAGUGAAUCAUUUGGCCGUGGUGUCACCAGCACUGGUAGCAGCUUCACAUACAACAGUCACACACGUGACUCGGAAAUGAGUGGUGUCUCGCAGACCUCGACUCGGGCUACGUCACCUGAUAUUGGUGGUAGCUUACAGGGGAGCUUCACGGUUCACUCACUGAAGGAAAGUAUGAGCUACUCGACCCUCGCGGAAGAAAACGAGGAGACCGAGGCCAACAUCCUGGAAAGGACUUACGCACAUGAACUCAUCUACAAGGAAGGUUCAGUGAUGGGCGGCAGUCUCCGUGCUCUUAUUGAGAAGCUGACCGCUCACCAAUCCACGCCCGAUGCCAUGUUUGUCUCAACGUUCUACCUCACCUUCCGUCUUUUUGCCACGCCUCUUGAGUUUGCAGAGGCCCUUGCCGAACGCUUCGAGUACAUCGGUGACACACCCCACGCCGCUGGGCCUGUCCGCCUCCGUGUGUACAACAUCUUUAAGGGCUGGCUCGAGUCCCACUGGCGCCAUGAUCGUGACAACAUAGCCCUGGAUUUCAUUGUCAACUUCGCAAACACACGACUUGUGGUUGAUCUGCCCACUGCUGGUAAGCGGUUGCUUGAAUUGGCCAGCAAGGUGUCUGCAGUUGGUGGCCCACUUGUGCCUCGCUUAGUUUCCUCCAUGGGCAAGACCAACACUUCCAUUGCCCAAUACAUCCACCCUGAUACCCCUCUACCUCCUGUAGUCCUUGGCAAAAAGGAACAGAGCUUGCUCAAGCAAUGGAAGAACGGGGAAGGUUCAAUAACUGUUCUUGACUUCGACCCACUUGAACUCGCCCGUCAGCUCACCAUCAAGGAGUCCCGCAUUUUCUGCUCGAUUCUUCCCGAGGAACUAUUGGACACAGAAUGGACCAAAAAGACCGGCUCGUUGGCUGUGAAUGUUCGCGCCAUGUCAACUCUGUCGACUGAUCUUGCCCACCUCGUUGCUGACUCUAUUUUGUAUCUCGAGGAGCCCAAGAAGCGUGCCGCAACUAUCAAGCACUGGGUCAAGAUUGCCAACAAAUGUCUGGAGCUAAACAACUACGACACCCUCAUGGCAAUAAUCUGCUCAUUGAAUUCCUCCAUGAUCUCUCGACUGAAGAAAACCUGGGACGUCGUAUCACAGAAGACAAAGACUGCCCUCGAGCAGCUCCGUGGCAUCGUGGAUGUAUCUCGCAACUACGCAGUACUUCGUCAGCGCCUUCAGAACCAUGUUCCACCUUGCCUUCCGUUCGUCGGUACUUAUCUGACAGACCUCACCUUUGUCGACCACGGCAACCAAUCCCUCCGUACCCUCUACACCGAUGACAGCGAAAUGGCUGUCAUCAACUUCGACAAGCACAUGAAGACGGCUCGUAUUAUCAGCGAGCUCCAACGGUUCCAGAUUCCCUACCGUUUAACGGAAGUUCCGGAGCUACAGGCCUGGAUGCAAAACGAGCUCGUGCGCGUGCGCUCGAACGGCGAAACAACCGCGCAAACCUUCUACCGCCGCUCUCUGGUUCUCGAGCCCCGAGAGCUCUCCCGCAGUGGAAACACCUUUCAGUCCCAGUCCUCCCAGUCUGAGUCCGUUCCCUCCAGGCUCGACAAUGCCAAGGACAUGUUCGACUUCCUCUCAUGGACGAACCAGUCCAAAACGAAAUCCGUCACCACACACGGAUAA